CUGACAGAGAUUUUCUCGUACAAACAAUGGGAAAUAUAAUAAAUGAAUUAUGUCCAAAUGUUGUAGCUUUUGGACUUUUAAUUGCUCAUCGUCAACUGGUAGCACUUGUAAGAUUUAAAAGGCUAAAUUUGGAUGCUCCAGAUUUUAACACUAUUGUGAAUUUAAUCGAAUGUCACAAAGCAAAUAUGAUACACAGUGAUCAUCAAUUCCCUUUUUGUCUUCCAAAAUUUGAUCCAAAUCAAUUCCUCUAUGCCUACAUUUCAUACCUCUGGGAAGGCACAGGUCCAUGUCUAGUUUUGCUUUCAAUUACAAAUUCUGAUUAUGAAAAAUUAACUCAAAUACGGCCAAAACUUGAAGAGAACAUUUCUUCUUAUAAAUAUAAUACAAGACUUGUAUCUGCACUUUCUAAUCCUGAGGGGUUUUGUUUACAAGAGAAUAUCAAGUGGGCAGAACAAUUGUGGCAUUUUAUUUAUAAAAAUACUUCAAAUACUCAGGACCCAACACAAGUUUGUUGUUCAACACCCAAAAAACCAUUUAUUUCAUAUAAAGAAUUAAUAUUAUUAUAUAAUGGUUAUACUAAAUUGGCUGAUUUAUUGAGAAAAAGUGGUGGGGGAAUAAAAAUGUUAUUUCAAAUGUUGGAACGUUAUGUACUUUUUGCUUGGAUUACUACUAGUUUUGAACUUUAUUGUACAUUUUCUCCAUUUACCAGCCAAAAGAAAGCAAUGGAAAUAGCAGAAAGAUUACUUCAUGUUUUACGAAAAGAAGAAAAACGAGUACUUUUUAGUUGUAGUCCUGCUAUUUUAGUGGGAUAAUUUUGUAUAUAAUUUUUAAUAUUUUUUUUGAUUAAGGGCAAUUAAAUAGAUUUGGGGAGAGAGAUUAGGUUAGCUUUUUUGAAAGGUGGAUGGAAAAAAAUUUUUUUGUAAAAAAAUUUUUGGGAUCAAAUGUCACCCUUUCUUGCAUUUUUUAUUUUAUUUUUGAAUAAAUUAGGUUUUAAUCUAAUAAAUUUUUUUAUAAAGUUAUUGUCUGAUAAAUACUUUAAAAUAUUUUUUACACACAUGUUAGACUUCAAAUUUUUCUUGAUUCCCUUGGGUCAAGUCUUGCGGACAAAGAUUUUUCCAGAAAAAUUUUUUC